AUGUCUUUAGAGGAAAGUGCUGUGAAAGACAUAGCAGAACGUGAACUGGAUUGCUCCGAGGAAUUGGAAGACGUUGUCCCGGGGCACAUUGCCAGCUUACCUCUGGAUCUGUUCCCACCAAGGGACUUCAGAGGGAAGUUUAAAAAGAUGCGCCAUAAGAAGAGGCCAACCAUCCUUGAAACCUCUCCCUUGGGGAACGGAUACAGUAAACCUCCCAUUCCUCAAGUCUGCUGCCCUCAAGGAGAGAAGGGCCCCCCAGCCAUGAUGCCCAUCAGCAUCGAUCCAGAGAGCAAGCCGGGCGAAUAUGUCCUCAAGAGCCUUUUCGCAAACUUCACCACGCUGUCUGAGCGCAAGAUCCGCAUCAUUAUGGCCGAGCCGCUGGAAAAACCAUUAACAAAGUCACUGCAGAGGGGAGAGGAUCCUCAGUUCGACCAAUUAAUAAGCUCCAUGAGCUCUCUGGCUGAGUACUGCCUCCCCUCCAUCCUGCGCACCCUGUUCGAUUGGUACAAGAGACAAAAUGGGCUAGAGGAAGAAUCCCAUGAGUACAGACCAAGAUCAAACACAAAGUCUAAAAAUGAUGAACAGCAGAGAGAUUACCUACUUGAAAGGAGGGAUUUGGCUAUUGACUUCAUCUUCUCCCUUGUUCUUAUAGAAGUUUUAAAACAGAUGCCGCUCCACCCUGUCCUUGACAGUUUGGUUAAUGAUGUCAUUAACUUAGCCUUUAAGCACUUUAGAUACAAAGAAGGAUACCACGGUCCGAAUACUGGCAACAUGCAUACAGUAGCAGACCUUUAUGCAGAAGUCAUAGGUGUGUUAGCACAGUCCAGGUUUCCUGCUGUGAAGAAGAAAUUUUUGACUGAGCUCAAGGAGCUGCGACAGAAAGAGCAGAGUCCCUAUGUAGUCCAGUGCACCAUUAGUCUCAUCAUGGGGGUCAAGUUUUUCAGAGUUAAGAUGUAUCCCGUCGAGGAAUUUGAAGCCUCUUUUCAGUUCAUGCAGGAGUGUGCUCAGUAUUUCCUUGAAGUAAAGGACAAGGACAUUAAGCAUGCCCUGGCCGGCCUCUUUGUAGAGAUUUUAGUUCCUGUUGCAGCGGCUGUGAAGAACGAGGUGAACGUGCCCUGUCUGAGGAACUUUGUGGAGAGCUUGUACGACACAACCCUGGACUUGUCCUCCAGAAAGAAGCAGUCACUGGCUCUUUAUCCCUUGGUGACGUGUCUACUGUGUGUGAGCCAGAAGUCGUUUUUCCUCAACAGGUGGCAUAAUUUCCUUAACAACUGUCUCUCAAAUCUUAAGAGUAAAGACCCCAAAAUGGCACGUGUCGCUCUGGAGUCCCUAUAUCGCCUGUUAUGGGUCUACAUGAUUAGGCUGAAGUGUGAGAGCAACACUGCAACACAGAGUCGUCUCAACACCAUCGUUACAACUCUCUUCCCCAAAGGAUCACGCAGUGUGGUACCGAAAGAUACGCCCCUCAACAUCUUUGUCAAAAUUAUCCAGUUUAUUGCACAGGAAAGACUUGACUAUGCAAUGAGAGAGAUCAUCUUUGACCUUCUGUGUGUUGGGAAACAAGCAAAAGCUUUUAGUCUUAAUCCAGAGAGAAUGAAUAUUGGUUUGAGAGCAUUCCUGGUCAUAGCCGAUAAAUUGCAGCAGAAGGAUGGCGAGCCUCCCAUGCCUAACACUGGUUGCACCUUGCCCUCUGGGAACACACUGCGAGUGAAGAAGACCUACUUAAGCAAAACACUGACUGAUGACGAGGCCAAAGUCAUUGGCAUGUCCCAGUAUUAUUGUCAAGUUCGGAAAGCUCUCGACAACAUCCUGAGAUACCUGGACAAGGAGGUGGGGCGCUGCAUGAUGAUGACUAAUGUUCAGAUGCUGAACAAGGAGCCAGAGGACAUGAUCACAGGGGAAAGGAAACCUAAGAUUGACCUGUUCAGGACUUGUGUCGCUGCUAUCCCUCGCAUCCUGCCAGACUGUAUGUCCAGGCCAGAGCUGAUAGAUAUGCUCUCUCGGUUGACAAUCCACAUGGAUGAUGAGUUACGACUCAUCGCCCAGAAUUCCUUGCAAAGCUUGUUGGUGGAUUUCUCUGACUGGCGUGACGACGUCCUGUUUGGCUUCACUAACUUCCUGUUGCGUGAAGUCCAAGAUACUCACCAAGGAAUGCUGGAUACCUCCCUCAAACUGCUGCUACAACUGCUCACCCAGUGGAAACUCGCCCUGGUGGUCCCAGGAAAGACCCAUGACAUUGCUAAGAUACACACUGCUGAGCUAUUGCACACAAGUUCAAGUCACAGGGUCCCUACAGAGAGAGGUCCACACUCCACUGUGCUGCAUGCCAUAGAAGGACUUGGAUUGGUGCUGCUUUGCUCCUGCCAGCUGAGCACUCGCAGACUGGCUAUCGCCAUACUCAAGGAGAUACGCAGCCUCUUCAUGGCCAUUGGGCAGUCUGAGGAUGACGAUAAACCAAUGAUUGAGAUUAUGGACCAGCUCAGCCCCAUAAUCCUGGAAAGUUUUGUCAGCGUGGCAGUUUCUGACACAGCCCCUAUGCCAUUGGGUCACCAUGUCGACCUUCAGUGGCUGGUGGAGUGGAACGCAGUGCUGGUCAACAGUCACUAUGACAUUAGGAGUCCUUCGCAUGUGUGGAUCUUCGCCCAGUCUACAAAGGACCCCUGGGUGCUGUGUGUGUACAGCCUCCUCCGACAGGACAACUUGCCUAAACACUGCCCUACAGCACUCAGCUAUGCCUGGCCCUACGCCUUCACUCGGAUGCAGUUACUCAUGCCUCUGGUAGACCCAAAUAACCCAGUGAAUGCCAAGAAGACCAGCACCUCUGGCAGUGGAGACAAUUAUGUGACACUGUGGAGGAACUACCUGAUCCUUUGCUUUGGGGUGGCCAAGCCCAGUAUCAUGAGCCCUGGUCAUUUGAGAGCAUCAACACCUGAGAUCAUGGCCACCACACCUGACAGUGGUGUCAGCUACGAUAACAAGGUUAUCGGAAGCCCAUCUGUGGCUUGGCUUCUGAAGCAGCUGGUCCCACUGAUGAGGUCAGAGAGCAUUGAGCUGACAGAGUCAUUAGUUCUUGGUUUCGGACGCACCAAUUCCCUUGUUUUCAGGGAACUUGUGGAGGAGCUACAUCCCCUGAUGAAAGAAGCAUUGGAGAGGAGACCUGAGAACAAGAAGCGACGUGAGCGGAGGGAUCUCCUGAGACUGCAGCUGCUGCGGAUCUUUGAGCUGCUGGCUGAUGCCGGCGUCAUCAGUGAUAGUACAAAUGGAGCCCUGGAACGUGACACCCUGGCCCUGGGUGCUCUGUUCCUGGAGUAUGUGGAUCUAACUCGCAUGCUUCUGGAAGCUGAGAAUGACAAAGAUGCAGAGAUCCUCAAGGACAUCCGAGCUCACUUCAGUGCCAUGGUGGCCAACCUUAUCCAAUGCAUCCCAGUGCACCACAGGCGCUUCCUGUUCCCUCAACAGAGCCUUCGACAUCACCUCUUCAUACUUUUCAGCCAAUGGGCCGGCCCUUUCAGCAUCAUGUUCACCCCUCUGGACCGCUACAGUGACAGAAAUCACCAGAUCACUAGAUAUCAAUAUUGUGCCCUCAAGGCCAUGUCCGCUGUGCUGUGCUGUGGGCCAGUGUUUGAUAAUGUCGGCCUCUCUCCAGAUGGAUACCUUUAUAAGUGGCUAGAUAAUAUACUAGCCUGCCAGGAUCAGCGGGUCCACCAGCUUGGCUGUGAAGUGGUCAUCCUGCUCCUAGAACUCAAUGCUGACCAGGUCAAUCUAUUCAACUGGGCUGUAGACCGCUGCUACACAGGCUCUUACCAGCUUGCCUCAGGAUGCUUCAAGGCUAUUGCUGCUGUCUGUGCCAGCAGAAACUACCCAUGUGACACAGUGACGUUGCUGAAUCUGGUUUUUUUCAAGGCGUCAGAUACCAACAGAGAAAUCUAUGAGAUUUCAAUGCAGCUAAUGCAGAUUCUCGAAGCUAAGCUGUUCGUUUACUCUAAGAAGAUUGCCGAGCAGAAGCCAAACAAUAUCCUGUAUGGCACCCAUGGCCCCCUGCCACCUCUUUAUAGUGUCUCUCUGCCUCGGCUCUCAAGCCAGCUGGCCAGAAUGUACCCAGAACUUACUCUGCCACUGUUCUCAGAGGUAAGCCAGAGGUUCCCUACUACGCAUCCCAAUGGGAGACAGAUCAUGCUAACGUACCUCCUGCCAUGGCUCCAUAACAUUGAGCUGGUAGAUAAUGGCCUGCUACCACCAGUCUCCACCUCAUGCACCCCAGACUAUGAGACUGCCGGUCAGACGAACAGUGUGGGGAUUUCCCAUGCAUUGAAGGGCUCUGGCUGGGGGUCCCUGCAAGCCACAUCUAUGGUUCUCAACAACCUUAUGUUCAUGACUGCCAAGUAUGGGGAUGAUGUACCUGGGCCAGAGAUGGAAAAUGCCUGGAAUGCUUUGGUCAGCAAUGACAAGUGGAGCAACAAUCUGAGAACCACACUUCAGUUUCUCAUCAGCUUGUGUGGUGUUAGCAGUGACACCACCCUCUUGCCCUAUAUCAAGAAGGUAGUGAUCUACCUAUGCCGGAACAACACCAUUCAAACAAUGGAGGAGCUAAUAUUUGAGUUACAGCAGACUGAUCCAGUCAACCCUGUGGUGCAGCAUUGUGAUAGCCCUCCCUUCUAUCGCUUCACCGCCACCAGCAAGGCCUCCGCAGCAGCUUCAGGCACCACUUCCAGCAGCAACACUGUUGUGGCUGGUCAGGAGAUCUUUCUUGAUACUGAUGAUACCAAAGCAGCAAAGGAAAAUGAGGAGAGGCUCAGCAACAUAGUACGAGCCCACAACAGAUUAGAGUCCCGCUAUAGCAACAGCUCCGGAGGAUCUUAUGACGAGGAGAAGAGCGAACCUCUACCCCGUUACGCCAGUUGGCUAAUGAUGGUUUUGGAGACCAAUCAGCCCCAUCCGUUGCCCAUGCCUCUGAAUGGAGGAUGUUGGGCUCCACUGGUGGAUUUUUUGCCUGAGAGCAUCACUCCCAGAGGACCAUUGCACAGGUGUAACAUUGCAGUCAUCUUCAUGACAGAAAUGGUCGUGGACCACAGUGUGAGGGAGGACUGGGCUCUGCACCUCCCACUGCUGUUACAUGCCUUGUUUUUGGGCAUGGAUCACUACCGUCCAGAAGUGUAUGAGCACAGCAAGCGUCUCCUCCUCCACCUGCUUAUCUCGCUAUCCUGUAACAACAACUUCCAGGUUAUUGCCUCUGUUCUGCUGCAGACUCGCGAGAUCAAUGGGAGCAAAACCCUUACAAUUAAACCAACUCCUCAGCCAGAGAAUUUAACUUCAGGAGGAGGUUUUGACUUCCUUCGGGAGUGUCAGGCAUCCCCUGUGCCAGACUCUGGUUUGAGUUCCUCCUCCACAUCAUCCAGUCUAAGCCUGGGGAGCAGCAACAACAAUCUGCCGGAGAUAUCCCAGGAGGUGGAAGAGCUGGUGACUUCCAAUGAAUUGGACGAAAAGACCAACAAGCUCAUCGAGUUUCUUACCACAAGAGCAUACAGGCCACUGUGGUGCCACGAGGACAUCUCGCCAAAGAACCAGAAUUCAAAAAGCACUGAGCAGCUGACCAACUUUCUGCGGCAUGUAGUAUCUGUGUUCAAAGAGUCCAAGUCAGACCUCCACCUGGAGCAGCAGCUUAGUGACGUGGCCUUGCAGACAGCUCUGUGUAGUUCAUCGCGACACUACGCAGGACGUUCCUUCCAGGUGUUUAGAGCUCUACGCCAGCCCCUUUCUGCCCACGCUGUGUCUGACCUGCUCUCAAGACUGGUGGAAGUUGUUGGGGAACAUGGAGAAGAAGUGCAGGGCUAUGUAAUGGAGGUACUUCUUACGCUUGAAUCUGUGGUGGAUAACUUGGCAGACUGCCUUAAAAACCAUGACCUAAUGGCUAUUUUGACAAGAGAAUCAUCUCCUGAUUUCCUCACCAAGGGGAAGCUGAUGUCCAACAGGAAGAGCACAGGGCAGCUCAACCUCAAAAGAGCUGAAAGGAGCCGGCAUCAAAGGAGCUCCUCUGUGCCCAAGAAGUUUGGAGAGGCAGACCGAUACACCGACCCACCUCGCAGCGCGACAAUGGAUCGCAUCCAGGCCUGCGUUCAGCAGGGUGGAUUAGCCAAAGUCCAUAGCCCCUCCUCAUCCAGAGACAACAUCGCUGACCCCAACAACAUCAACCACCCCAACAACUUACUGGCCACCAUUUUCUGGGUGGCUGUUUCAUUGAUGGAGUCAGACUUUGAGUUUGAGUAUCAGAUGUCUCUCAGGCUGUUGAACAAGCUGCUGGGACAUGUGUCGCUAGACAAACAAGAGAACAGAGAGAAGCUGGAAAAACUGCAAGGCCAGCUGAAAUGGAGUAGUUUCAGUGGGCUUCAGCAACUGCUGCUAAAAGGCUUUACCUCAGUGACCACCACGGACCUCACUCUUCAGCUUUUCUGCCAGCUCACACCAGUCUCACGAGUGCCUGUGGUGGACACUUCACAAGCCAUAGGUUUUCCCUUAAAUGUUCUCUGCCUGCUCCCACAUCUUGUACAAAACUUUGACAGCCCCACACAGUUUUGUCAAGACGUUGCUGACAGAAUAGCACAGGUAUGCCUUGAGGAGAAGAAUGCCAAACUCUCCAACCUUGCUCACGUAAUGACUCUGUAUAAAACACACUCCUACACACGAGACUGCUUCUCUUGGGUCAAUGUGGUCUGUCGAUAUCUUCAUGAAUCCUUCUCUGAUAUCACCCUCAGCAUGGUCACCUACAUGGCAGAGCUGUUGGAGAAGGGCCUCCCCAGUAUGCAGCAGACUCUCCUCCAGAUCAUCUACAGCCUCCUUAGUCACAUGGACCUGAGUGUAAUCCAGGCUAAACCCUUCAACGUGGAAGUACUCAAGACCAUUGAGAGAUUUGUCCAGACUGUCCAUUGGAGAGAAGCGCUGAAUAUUCUGAAGCUGGUGGUCUCUCGCUCUGCCAGUCUGGUUCAGCCUUCAUUCCCCCAAAGUGACUUCUCUUAUGAGGACAUCAACCGUGUCUGGAACAGGUCCUCCAAGGCCCUGCCCGGGAAAACAUUGGAUUUCCACUUUGACAUAUCCGAGACACCAGUGAUUGGUAGGCGGUAUGAUGACCUGCAGGGCUCCCCGGGGCGGGAUGGGAAGAACAGGGUCAUAGCAGUGACCCGCAGUACUUCCUCUACCUCUUCUGGAUCUGUCUCCAACACCGUUCUGGUUCCUGUCAGCUGGAAGAGGCCUCAGUCGUCACAGAAAAGAACAAGAGAAAAGCUGGUGAAUGUAUUAACUUUGUGUGGACAAGAAGUGGGGCUCACCAAAAAUCCCUCAGUGAUCUUCUCCAGUUGUGGAGAGCUGGAUCUCAUGGAGCAUCAACCCAGCCUGGUGUCCUCCGAGGACAGCACAAGGGACCCAGACAACAUGGAUGACACCGCUUCAGAGCAGCAGUUUAGAGUUUUUAGGGACUUUGACUUCCUGGAUGUGGAGUUGGAAGAUGGAGAGGGAGAGACCAUGGAUAACUUCAACUGGGGUGUGCGGAGGCGCUCAAUGGAUAGCCUGGACCGAAACGACCUGCAACCCCUGGAGGAGAGCCAGCUGUCCGGCAGCAUGCCCAGCCUCAACAAGAUCACCCACGAAGACUCAGAUGAGUCGUCCGAGGAGGACUCCCUCACUGCCAGCCAGAUCCUCUCGCACUCGCAACUUAAUAUCACCCUCUCCUCAACAGCAGAGACCAAUAACAUGGACUCUGUUUCGGCUUUUGAUACAACUUCAGCUGACCCACCACCUCUGAACACCAGAAAUCCUAGUUUCGAGGUCCACCUGCCAGAGGACUCGAAGCACCGGGCUGUGUCAACAGAAGAUGAAGACACCAACGGCCAUGAGGAUGACCUUUCUCUCUCCAUUAGUGAGCUGCCCCCUGAAAUUCUUUGCAGUGACAGUUACACACUUGACAUGACUCUUGGUGAUUUCAGAGGAGAACUAGACCCCGACUGCUGUCCACCCAGUCUUGGCGAGGAGGAGAAUGAUGACAUGCUGGAGUCCCGCUCCUCCCCGCCACCAUCGCCCUUCUUCUCUGCCAUCCUCGCGGCUUUCCAGCCGACCAUAUGUGAUGAUGCCGAAGAGGCCUGGCGGAGUCACAUCAACCAGCUAGUGUCUGAUUCAGACGGAUCCUGUGCUGUCUACACUUACCACGUGUUCUCUUCACUGUUUCAGAGUAUUCAGAGCAAAUUCUGCACCUUGACUUGUGACGCUGUGAAUUACCUCGGCGAUGGACUUAGGGGUAUCGGCUCAAAGUUUUUGAGGUCAUCUCACAUGCUGACACUAUGCUCUGAGUGUCCAACUCUAUUUAUUGACGCGGACACUAUCAUCUCAUAUGGACUGCUUGAAAAAAUGAAAUUCAGCGUACUGGAGCUUCAAGAGUACCUCGACACUUACCACAACAGAAGGGAGGCGGCGCUCUCUUGGUUGCGUAACUGUAAGGCCACCUUUCCCAGGGGUGCUGGGGAUACAGUAAUAACAUGCCAACCAGGAGACCAAGAAGAAAAGCAACUGGAGCUCUGUCAACGACUCUACAAACUCCACUUCCAGCUGUUACUGCUCUUUCAGUCCUACUGUAAGCUGAUUGGACAGGUCCACACCAUAAGUUCUAUACCUGAGCUAACAAAUAUGUCCAAAGAGCUAAGUGACUUGAAGAGCUGCCUGAAGGUUGCAGCCACCUCAGUAGAGAAAGACGACCUUCCUGUCCAGCUCAGUUCCUGCCUUGAGCCCACCUUCAGCUCCUCCGAGGCUGCUGUGCAGGCCAUCCUGGAGUGUCUGAAGAACUGUGAGUUUCCAACAGCCAUCCGCUACAUCCGAGAGUGCAGAAGAAUGUGGCCCAAUGACAUAUUUGGCAGUCACUCCGAAGAAGAGAUCCAAACCUUGCUGAACAUCUACUUCAGACAUCAGACUUUGGGUCAGACAGGAACUUUUGCACUGGUGGGCUCAAAGCAGGAUCUCACGGAAGUCUGUGUUAAGUUAAUGGAACUCAACGGAGAGAUCCGAGACAUGAUCCGACGAGCCCAGGGCUAUCGGGCCAUUACAACUUUCCUCCCAGACUCUAGUGUGUCAGGUUCAAGUCUUUGAUGCCACACUUGCAUUGUUUGACUGAAGCUCUGAUAAAGAACGUUAUCCAACAUUAACCCUUUGGUCCUGUCUGAGGUUGCUGCUGUCAUCUCAGUGGUUUAUUCGUCACUCUACCAUCACCAUGGAAUAUCCAUUAUUCACUUGCUGACCUUGCUCAGAUUAAGGACAAUUAAGAAUGUCAUUCGUUUAGACCCUCAGCUGCGCAGCAAUACUUUUGGGGUGAAUGAGAUGUGAGACUUUGCUGUAGCAAAGAAAGUUACGCUUUUAUUGCACUAAUAACGGAUGUCACAAAGUGGCCAUAGCCACUGAGGUCAUCAACUUUCACAUUCAACAAAUGGCAUACCAAAGCAAAUGUAUUCUCUCUCUAUCCUUCAGUUAUGUCAUUUUAUUUGUCACAGGGAAAUGUGCAAUCCUUCACGGAAGAGAAAGGUUUCUACUGUAUCAUGAAAGAAUGUAUUUGAAUUUGAGCUUUUAGCUUCCAUGAAAAUUCUUAGUGCAGGAAAAGGGAGGUGUUUUUGCUUGCUUGAUAGUUUGUGUGGGCGUGUGUGUGUGUGGGUGUGUGCAAUCUGAUACCUGUCGUAAAUGAAAUUAUGAAUACUGAUACUGUACACAUUUAACUACUUUGACAUACUGCAGUUCUACUGUAAUGUCCAACAAAACUUACAUGCCGCUGUGUGGGUUAUCUGUUACCUAGAUACACCUUACUGUAUCUUUGUAUUUUGUAGUUUUUAGCAAAUAGAAGAAUUAUUUAUAUUAUUUGCAAAAGAAAACAUGCUUUUAACUGACUAGUUUUAUAGUUGACACAUACUGUGUUCCAUUUGUUAAAACUGCUAAGCAUGGAAAUUGUAUGUUCUAUAAAGGGUAAUAGUAAUAUUUAUGAACAUAUAAUAUAAUAAAAUAUUUUAAAUGAAAAAUUGUACAUACUUGCUUUGCUCAGGCUUGUAAAAUUGUAUUUUUAUGAAUUUAAAUUACGAUUUGACUUGCAUGUAGACUGAAAGUAAUACAUAUUUGUAAAGCUUCUAUGGGGCAGUUGAUGUAGCCUUUCAACUUGUAAAUACUACUGCCUUUGCGACGUACUGUACUUUAUUGUUCUGUACACUAAUGUAACAAAACAGAUUAAAACUGCAUUUGUUAAUUGUGGUCUUGGUGUGAGUUUGCUGUGUGACACAGACUAAAUAGUCAUUUUUAUUAUAGAAAUGGGAGUUAGAUUAAUGGCAUUAUCAGCGCUGGGGUGACGCUGCAGACCUACCAAAGCGCCCUUUAAUUGAUGCUGCAGUCUACAGCAUACAGCAGGUCUGUCUGUAGUCCACAGGAGACUCACUAUUUACCUGCUUUCAAUCAGUUGUAGCCUUUUCAAAGGUAUCGUCAUG